GAUGCGCCACGAUAUGUCUGUACUGAGUGUGGCGCCAAAUUCGACAGCAGCACCCAUCUUGAGCGCCGCAAGGCAUCACAUAAGGAUGAUAGGCCGUGGGUAUGUGAGAUUUGUGGGAAGGACUUUAAAUUACUCGACAAUUUAAGGUAUCACCAGACGUGGUCCAUGCUGAUGAAAAGCCUUUCCCAUGCGAAGACUGCGACAAAUCUUUCAAGUGCAAAGAGGCGC